GGAAACACACACUUCAGCAGCUCUGCAGGCUCUGAGGGAAGUGGGGCAUAUUCAAGUUUGAAUGUGAGCCACAAAUAAAUGUGUCAUUGUCUUCAGUCCGACACCGACAUUCAGCGACUGAGUGGACGAACAGCAGGAGAUUGGCUAUGAAGCUGUUUCCUGUCCAUUCAAUACUUUGGUCCAGUUUGCUGGUUUUGUGUGCAUCCCAAAAUGAUAUAUGUCCUCUUUUAACAGAGACAGAGGCCAGCAAUCCAGAUGUCUGUCAGGCCAAAUAUCCCUCUGGCGAUAUCUAUGAUCACAGUACUUCAGAGCAAGAACAUUAUGUAGAGAAGGAUGAGGUGGAUGAAAACAACUUUCGCUGCCUCCUUUACCCAACAAAUAUACUCAACUGCUCCUGGUCAUUUCCCACUUUGCAAAAGGAUGCUCAGAUCUUUGUCAAUAUCAGUGUGUGUGAUGAUCAUGGAGCAGGUCACUCUCUGAACCUUUCGUCUGAGGAGAGAGUCGGAUCAAUGUCUUCAAUUCUGCACGCACAUAAGGAGUUGAAUGUAAUCCUCUGUUUUAACAUAACCCUGCACGACAAGUGGACAGUCUACGCCUCCCCUUUCGACAUCAACAUGCUAGAGGUCCUGUCUCCACCCCAAAACAUCUCUGCAUCAGUCAAAAAUGAAGGACUAGUAGUGACGUGGGGUCUGCCGCACAGUCAUAUAGACCCUAACCCCCAUUGCUUUGAAUACCAGCUAGACAUGGGUGACAAGGAAAGAUCCAAAAACUUAACCGACCAGCUGUCAUAUACAGAACCCAAUCCAGAUCCUACCAGCACCUACAACGUGAGGAUGAGGACAAGAAAGAGUCACGGAUGCCAAGAAUCUUCUCAGUGGAGUGACUGGAGUCGCGCCGUCACGGUGAAACAGUCAUUUUACAAACUCAACACUCUGGUGAUCAUCUCAAUUUCACUUGGAAUACCCAUGAUCCUCCUGGCUGCGCUGCUGCUGGUGCGCCAUCAGAGGGUAGCUAAGGUUCUGUUUCCUCCGAUUCCUUGCCCCCCGCCAAAGUACAAAUAUUUCCUGGAAAAAAAUGACACAUUCAAUCUCUUCCACCCUGCCCCAUCGGCUGAGCCUGUAGAGGAGAUCACAGAGGUGGAGGACACAGAGCAAAAGCCUUGAUAGAUAUAAUAAAAGCAAUAUGUGAAGGACACAUUCAUAUUACAUUAAGUUGUGUUUUUAAAAGUAUACCAAUAUGACUGCAAAACACACUAAAGAUCUCAAAUGUAGGAAGCUUUUGCUCUGCUUGGUCAUGGACUUUUUAUUACUGAAACAAAGGGAAUGUUGUCAGUUGAUUCUGCCAGAAUUAGCUGAUGAGCUGCUUCUGAAAUGUAUACCUUUUUGCUGUGAAAUAAAGAUUAGUGAUGCACUA